AUAUAAACAUUAUAUUCAUAAUGUAUUUUAUCGGGAUAUUGUGGAGUCUAGCCUUCAAGUUUGUUUUUAAAUGUUUGAAUCUCCCGCUGGAAGUAGGACACACGCCAAGAACCAAUCAGCGAAGCGCCCAUGCAGAUCAGCCAAUCAGAGCUCACGGAAGUUCUUUGAAGACAAGAUAGCGUCCUUUUCACUCAAAGUAAAGUUAUAUGAUUAUUCUCCGCAAGUUUUUUACACUUUUCGAACAAACAAAGUGUAGUGAAAGUGGCAAUGAGUACUCCGAGGGUGCUGUUGUUCGGGCACAGCCUGGUAAAGAGGGUGGAGUUGCCUAGUGAGUCAUUCUCUGAUGAAACCUUGAAGAAAUGCCCACCAUCAUUGGAUUUAAAUGACAACCAAUGUUUGUUGACAUAUGAAGGAGUGCCAGGGGGAGAUUUCAAAAAGUUGAAUGAAAGUGGUAUUUGGAAAUCGAUGAAUAAUUUUGAUGUUGUCAUUGCUCAGAUAGCUGGAAAUGAGAUUGACAAUUUUCCAAUGUCAGAAGAGAGAAUUACUGAAGUAUUCCAAGGGACUAUUGACAUGAUUCAUAGGAUACGGCGGCAAGUAGCUAAUGUGAUCCUGUGCAAGUUGUUUCAUCGACGGAUGUCUCUGGCACGUUCUUCAAGGAUACGAUCUCUGGAGCAGCAAGUGAGCUAUAAUAACAAUGUUGAUAGAAUAAAUAGGAGAUUAGCUCAGGUGCUAGAUCACUCAACAGGUACUUAUUUUUGGAGGACAAAGGGACAGGUAAUGAAUGGCCUCGACAUGAUAGGAGAAGAUGGUACUCAUUUUAACGAAGAUGGGCACUAUAAGUAUUGGAGAUCCCUGAGAGGAGCUGUGAUGCAUGGCCUCACAAUGCUAGAUGGCGCAACAGCCGGGGGAUUCCUCCAAAUGCUACAAGGAGGAAACAACCAAGGCCAAGCAGGACAGCAUAUGCCACAGCAACAAAACCAGAUGGCAGGACAACAAAAUCAAAAUGCUCAAAAUCAGAAUAUGGGCCAAAAUCAAAAUAUGAAUCCAGGACCAGGUCAAGUUCAACCCCAAAACCCAGGGAUAGCACAAGAUCAACAACAAAACCUUGGGAUGGCACAAGGUCAUCAACAAAACCUUGGGAUGGGACAAGGUCAACAACAAAACCUUGGGAUGGCACAAGGUCAUCAACAAAACCUUGGGAUGGCGCAAGGUCAGCAACAAAACCCCGUGAUGGUACAGGGUCAGCCACAAAAACAGGGUCAGCCACAAAACCCCGUGAUGGUACAGGGUCAGCCACAAAACCCUGGCGGGGCACAGGGU